CUAUAUUUCUGGUUCCGAUCUACGUAUUUGACUUUCAUUAUAGCUACUAUUCCAGCACUAUUAGACGUUGAUUAGAUACUAACCUUCGUAUUUGGUAUUCUGUAUUGAUUAGCUUUGGCGGCAGGGUAGUAUGAUACAAGAUGAUUUGUUUAUGAAAAUGAACGACACUUUAGAUAAUUUUACAUUUACGGAACCAAAGAGGAAUCGACUAUGCAAAGAAAAUGUAAUAAAAGAAGAACUAAUUUGUUUGGACGACUCGGCUUUUCUAAAUAAUCUCUCUUUUGACUUCAGUGGGAUUCUAAAAGAGAAUAAAAACUCCGUAACUCUAAACAACGUCAACCAAAUUAAUAACAUAGAGAAAAAAAAUGUGGAAACAAUUAUCCAUUCGGGAAGCACUGUGCUGAAGGAUGGAAUAAAUUAUAAUGACAAUAUAAAAAACAUAUUUUCAAAAGAAAUAAAUAACAGUGUAACAUUAAAACAGUGUCCUAGCAAAAUUACAUUUAGAAAAAAAACACAACCCAAAGAUGUUGACUAUGAGACUGAACAGAAUAAAAAUAGAAAAACAAAAUCUACAAGCCCAAAGGUAUUUAAGAAAACAGGUGACAAAAAGUACAGCCUCCUCAACUGGGGUCUCCCUCAAGCAGUGCUUGAGAAGUACGAAUCUCGAAAAAUUACUUCAAUGUUCUCUUGGCAAGUAGAAUGUUUAAGUAAUCCCAAAGUGAUCAAUGAUUUAUCUAAUUUAAUAUAUUCUGCACCAACGUCAGCUGGAAAAACUUUGGUAGCUGAAAUUUUGGCCCUAAAAACUAUAUUUGAGAGAAAUAAAAAAGUAAUUUUUGUAUUACCUUUUGUUUCUAUUGUACGAGAAAAGAUGUUUUACUUUCAAGAUAUUUUAGGUACUAGUGGAAUUAGAGCUGAAGGAUUUAUGGGCUCUUACAAUCCGCCAGGAGGUUUUACUUCUAUUCAAUUAGCCAUAUGUACUAUUGAAAAAGCUAAUAGCCUUAUAAACAAGUUAUUAGAAGAAGGAAAAUUGUCUGAUAUUGGAGCAGUUCUUGUGGAUGAAUUACAUCUUCUUGGUGACCCCCAUCGAGGAUACCUUUUGGAAUUGUUACUGACAAAAUUAAGAUAUAUUUCUGUAAAAGAUGACAGUGUUCAAAUACAAAUUGUUGGCAUGUCUGCCACUUUGCCUAAUUUGGAUUACUUAGCAAGAUGGUUGGGAGCUGAAUUGUAUUGUACUAAUUUUAGACCAAUACCACUAUUUGAACAAGUAAUAAUGAAUGGAGAUAUUUACGAUAAAAAUCUAAAGCUUCUUGGUAAACUUUCAGUACAGCCAGAGUUAGGCACAGAUACUGAUGGUAUCCUACAACUCUGUUUAGAAACUAUAAAAGAUAACUGCUCUGUUUUGAUAUUUUGCCCUACAAAAAAUUGGUGUGAAAAUUUGGCAAAUCAAAUUGCCUCAGCAUUUUAUAAAAUAGGAAACUCACAAAAUUUGUUAGGUGAGCUUUUGAGAUAUCAAAUUAAGAGUAAUUUGAUUUUAGAGGUAUUAGAGCAGCUCAAAUACUCUCCUGUUGGCUUGGAUCUUGUUUUAAAGAAAAUAAUUUCAUAUGGAGUGUGCUAUCAUCAUGCUGGUCUGACAAUGGAUGAAAGAGAUAUUAUAGAAAGUGCUUUUCGCAAUGGAGCAGUAAGGGUGUUAAUAGCCACAUCAACAUUAUCAUCUGGAGUUAAUUUACCUGCCCGUCGAGUAAUAAUUCGUACACCAAACUUCCAUGGGAAACCAAUAGAUUUGUUGACCUAUCAGCAGAUGAUUGGAAGGGCUGGAAGGUUGGGAAAAGACACCAUUGGGGAAAGUUUUCUAGUCUGUCAGAAAAAUGACUAUCAAGUAGUAAAAUUGUUAAUGACUAGUCAAUUACCGCCAAUCGAGAGUUGCUUAGAAGGUGAUGGGAAACUUAAAAGGGCACUUUUAGAAGUAAUUGCUAGCGGAGUGGCAUCCACCCCUGGAGAUGUCCAGCUAUUUACACAGUGCACCUUGCUUGCAGUUACUGAAGUUCAGGAUAAGAAGCAGCUUGGAAAUCCCAUACACGAAAGUAUUAACUUUUUAAUGACAAAUGAAUUUAUUAGGUUACAAAAAUCAAUUGAUGGACAAGAAAAAUAUAUAGCCACUUCUCUGGGUAAAGCAUGUUUGGCAUCUUCUAUAGCACCAGAUGAAGGACUGACAUUGCUUACAGACCUAGAGAAAGCUAGGCAAUGUUUUGUUUUAGAAACAGAACUUCACUUAAUUUAUUUGGUAACUCCUUAUAGUGCUUGUUAUUCUUGGGGUGAUAUUGAUUGGAUGUUUUAUCUGGAAUUGUGGGACAAACUACCAAGUAGUAUGAAAAGGGUAGGAGAGUUAGUUGGUGUAAGAGAAUCCUAUUUAGUGAAUGCUACUAGAGGAAAAAUUGAAAGCAACUCAUCAAAGUCCUAUCAAAGACUUAUGAUUCAUAAGCGAUUUUUUGUAUCCUUGGCAUUACAAGACUUGGUGAAUGAAAAACCUUUAAAUGAAGUCUGUUCUAAGUUUAACUGCAACAGAGGUAUGCUGCAAGCCUUGCAGCAGUCAGCGUCUUCAUUUGCUGGUAUGGUGACAUCUUUUACAAGGCAACUUGCCUGGGGCAGUGUGGAAAUUUUAUUGUCCCAGUUCCAAGAUCGCAUGCAUUUUGGUGUGAGUCGUGAUUUGCUAGAUCUAAUGCAUUUAUCUUCCCUAAAUGGAAAACUAGCCCGAAUAUUGUAUGAUGCUGGAAUAGAAACCAUGAUACAGCUUGCAAAUUCUGAUGUGACUGCCAUUGAAGAUACUCUCUACAAAGCAGGUCCUUUUGAAAGUGCUCGGGAGAGAGAUGCACAGACAAAUUUUGAAAGUAAAGAGCGAAAUAAGUGCCGAAAGGUCUGGAUUUCAGGAAGAGAAGGAUUAACUGAAAGGGAAGCAGCAGAAUUACUUAUAAAUGAGGCUAGAAGUUAUUUGACAAUUGAAAUGGGCUUGGCUGAGGCAAAGUGGAACAAUGGUAAUAUGAAUAAGGCCGAAACCGCAAUGGACAAAAAUUACGGAGGAAUGCAUUGCAGCAACCAAGACACAUCAGAAGAGUUUGAUGGCAAUCAUGGGGUUGAAAAGAAACCAGAAACCACGACUUCAAAUGAAAAGAAAGAAACAGUAAAUAGUUCUGGAAAAAAAGAUGAGCAAAAUAUAGAAGAGUCAGAAGAUAUAUUUAAAACAAACCAAAAAGUCUUUAGUCCAAAAACCUUUCAAGAUGGUAAUAAUAAAUCACACGAAAAUGAUAUUGUACAUGGCGAUUCACCAAAACCAAAUACUUCCUCUAGGCUGUACAUCUCUGAUUCAGAAAGUAUGUUUGCUGAUAUAAGUUUUACUCGAAUUGAAGAAAAUGUAAGCCCAGAUAACGCUAGAUUGCUAAAAGACAUAUCAGGUAGUCCAAUUUCUGAUUCUAUUCUGGAAUUAAACAUAUCGAAGUCUUCAUCAUCAAAUGCAAGUGCAAAAAAUAAUGACAGCCAGUUUGAGGCCAGUUUUUCGUUACAAUUAAGUGACGACUCUCUCGAGACAAACCUUUGCUCUGAGAAUAAACGGCAAAGAGAAACUUUCGAUUCAGAUGAGUCUGUUCUUGAAGCUACUCCUACCAAGAAGAUGAAAUGUUCAAUUGAGAAAAGCCCAUAUAACACAGCUUUUAAGCGUUUUUCCAGACUUUCUUUACAUGAUGCCACUAUCGAGACAAAUGCAGAUUUCUCGAAAAUCGAAGUAGUGUGUGUGGCUAUGAAUGAAACUUUAUUCAAUGCAUUUCUUCAAGAAUUGAAAGACCAAACUUGCUUUGCACUUUCAUUGGCUUGCGAAUCUGGUGAGGAACAAGAACAAGUUAUUGGAAGCAAUAUCGUUCAAGCUACAAAAAAUUUCAGCAAAAAAGACAAAUUUAUUUGUCGAGGAAAGAAAAUUGGUGGGGUUUCAUUUUCAUGGGGCGAUAAUGUUGCUUACUAUGCAUCUGUGGAUAAUGCAAUACACGGAGAAAAGAUUAUGAAUAUCUUAAAGGAUGUUUUUAGAGAUAAAAAUACUACAGUGAGGAUGAUAAAUGCUAAAGAGCAAAUUAAAUUUUUAUGCAUAUGCUGGGAUGUCGACAUAUCUUGCAAAAUUGAAGAUCCAAAAGUAAUUGAUUGGCUAUUGGAUCCAGAGGGGGAAGAGAAGAAUCUAAAAACCAUGGUGGCAACAUAUUUUCCAAAACUAAUAGAGUUGGUUCAAAUGUUUAGAUUUGAUACAUAUAAUGAUGUUAAUGCGAAAAAGAGGUCGUCAGUAGAAACUGUGGCAACAUGGCACUUGAUGAAUGUAUUAAAUGAAAAGUGGAGGGCCCAGAUGCCACUUUGUCAAAUUAAAAGAAUGUCAAGCUUGAUAAGUACAUAUGAGUUGGAAAUGAAAACAGUGUUAUGUCUGGCCAAAAUGGAGUCUCGUGGCAUGAAUGUUAAGAAAGCUAAUUUGCAGAGAUUAGUAGAUUUGUUAAAAGUUCAUCAGGCAGCUAUAGAAAAGAAGGCAUAUUCCUUGGCUGGAAGACGUUUCAACUUUGUAUCUCCAUCGGACGUGGCCCGAGUUAUAGGCAUGUCUAGAGAAAAAAGAAUUAGUACAAAAAAGCAUGUACUGGAGAAAAGUGAACACCCAAUAUCCAACAUGGUAUUGCAAUGGAGAAAAAUUAAUUUUACUUUGUCAAAGGUGAUUUUUCCAUUAAUUCGAGCUGUACAAAAUGACAAAAUAAGGGGAUGUUAUCAUACUCACACCGCAACGGGGAGAAUAAGCAUGCACGAACCGAAUAUGCAAAUGGUGACAAAAGAUUUUGAGGUUCUCAAUCCCUUGACACAGGAAAAUGUUAAAAUCAGUUGCCGUAGUGCAUUUAGAGCCCCAGAUGGGUGGACGCUUAUAUCUGCAGAUUACUGUCAAUUGGAGUUAAGAAUAUUGACUUAUUUAUCCUGCGACAAGCACCUGACAAAUAUUAUGAAAAAUGAUGGUGACGUCUUUAAGUCUAUUGCUGCCAAGUGGAACAAUGUGGCAGAAGAUAUGGUCGAUGAAAAUAUGAGGCAAACCACUAAGCAGCUCUGUUACGGAAUUCUCUAUGGAAUGGGCGCGAAAGCUUUGUCAGAGCAACUAAAUAUAUUGGAAAAUGAGGCAUCUAAAUUCAUAGAAAUCUUCAAAAACGCUUACCCCGGUAUUAAAGAUUUUUUCCAGAAGACUAUAGAAAAUUGCAAACUGAACGGUUAUGUAGAGACAAUAACUGGACGGCGAAGAUAUUUACCGAAUAUAAAUAAAUCUGAUAUAUCUUUAAAAAGUCAAGCAGAAAGACAGGCAAUCAAUACAACCAUUCAAGGAUCUGCGGCGGACAUUGUAAAAAAUGCCAUGAUAUCCAUCGAACACAAGAUCUGUGAAGUAUUUAAAAAAUCUAGGCACAAACCGAUACUGACACUGCAUCUUCACGACGAAUUAAUUUACGAGACACUCGAAAAGUACAUUGAAAAAACCGCUAGAAUCGUUAAGACGUGCAUGGAAAAUUCGGCGCGGGAUUUUGGAAAUUUUACAGUAAAAGUCAAGGUCGGAAAAUCAUGGGGAGAAUUGGCCGAGUACAGUGUUACCAAAAAUGGAAAAAAUUGA